AUGGCCCCUGCAUGCCCGGUGGAUCUGCUGCACCUGCUUUCAACGACUCUGAUUUGCUCAAACGGUGCUAUCUCGUACCUUCAUCACAUGAACCCCUCUGACGGACCCGUGAACAACGACAGGAGAGUAACUUGCGCCGUCUCUACUGCUGACUCUCGGAACACUCUCCUUCACUCAUACACAUCUCCUUUGCGUAAGACAUUACCAAAACCACCAAACUCGACGCAGUUCCUGCAACAACACCGCCCUGAACACUCGGCGGACCCCGCGCUGAGCCACGAUCCGAUUGCUCAUCAUGUCGCUCUUCACUGCGCAACUGCACCCAGGACGAGCUCUGGGGUUUCUUGGUUUGCAUUAACUCUGCCUGAUGCAGCCGAACCGCAACGCUUUCCACAACUCGACCUUGCCUACUCCCGCGAGCAACCCGUCCAACAGCCCGUAACACUCAGCCUCCCUGCCAACGGCAUAAGGCUACGAUUCGACGGUCCGGAACAGCGUCUGCGCCUGAUAGAGAUUGUCGACUUCACGAAGAAUCAUGUCACGUUUAAGGACCGUGAUCUCGUCAAACCCGCCAACGCGCAGGGACCGCCAUCGUCUCCAGUUCCCGGAGAAUCUACCUCCGGCCCAACCUUCCGACAAAUCUACCAUCGCUUGCUCGGACCAACCUACGGUGGAGAGUACAUACCCCCUACACCCGAUUCUUCCGAUAACCUGGGUAACUACAUACUGUCCUACCCUGGCGUUGCCUUUACCUUCCGACUGGCCGAGUCUGCAUACUCCCCCAAUAAGGAUGUGGUGUCCCUGCUCUCUGCUGCGACAAGCCAGGUGCCCACUUCCAUGGCUGUCUUCAGCGGAGACUCGUGGGCCCAAGCUCGAGAGAGCCUUUGGACAGAGGUUCUCCCGAGUGUCAAAACGGUUCCCGUUCUUCCAAGGGGGAAGGAUGUCGUUCCCGAUGAGAUCUCGCUGGUCAAGAUUCAUGGUGGUGGGAAGCUCCAGUUGUUCCGCAAGUGGACCAACUCGUCCCUUUGGAUCAUCCUGGGAGAGACGAGCCCACAGGAGUUGAUCGCUGAGCUCGGUCCCCCGAACGCUACUUAUCGGAAGAACGACCAGAGGAUGACAAUACACAAGCUUCGGACGGCGAGCCACAGCAGAGCUCGGUCAAACGGCGCUGACCUGAGUCGGCCAGACGAUCUCACUGACACUGACCAAUCAUCUGCCAACACUGGCUCAGACGAUUCCAACGAUGAAGCCAUCGAAGAAGACAUCGCCGGAAACGUUUCUGGCGAAUGUUUCUACAAUUACUUCUACUUAGGAUUUGAUGUGUUGGUGUCUACUCCCUCGCCCCCAUCAAGACCACCGCCUUCGCAACACGAGUCUCAAGUGCCGCCAGGAAAACCCAUCAAUUCGGAGUCUCCUGAUCGACUGGUUGCUACGAAACUAGUCCUUCAUGGUAACGUACCUGGAUCAUAUGAGUUCAACAGACACCGUCGCUGCCGUUGGGAAGUUAGCUAUCUUGACGAUGGCUCUCCCGGUGCGGCGGCAAACUCAGAGACCAAGUUCACCGAGAUUAAAGAGAGACUAAACGAACGGUGGAACAGCGCGUACCCUGAAGGCGACUUCAGAGCCCCCCAAAGAGGCAUGGUGCUCAAUAGGGGCUGGGGUGAUAGCCCCGGCAGCAGCUGCGAAUUUCUUGGAGGUUGGGAGGACAGUGGCGCCAAGAGAUUUGAUGGCAGCGACGAUUCAACCACUACUCUUUUUGGAUUCCCCGGCCUCGUGUUUGAGUUGGGCAUAACCCUGGGGUCAGGUGGUCUGGCGAUUGAGCGGGCAGGAAUUGCAACGGCCACGGAGCUCCCAAAUUGGCCGGGAAGACGAGGCUACAGAAUGGCCACGAUAUCCCUACGAACAACUAUGACGUGGCUGAUCUCAGAUUAUCACUUUGCGAGGCUUCUCUCCCAUCCACUUGCAAUACCCCAUCUGAUUUUGCAUUCAUGCAAGACAGACUUGGGUCUUUUCAGCUUUGUCCUCGCUUUACUUGACGGUCUGACUCGGGCCAUGUUUCGGGAGCCAAGGGCUUCCAUUGCAUUGCGACCAGCACCUACCAUGUUAUACCCAUAUACCCCCCUCGUUCGCAACAUGGCAAAGAAGACCGCACCGGCAGGAGCCCAGAACACCAAGCAGAAUGCUUUGGCUCUCAAGCGCUACCUUCCGCGCAAGCUUAGAGAAGCUGCCGAGGACGAAGCCGCAGUGGAGAAGGGAGUUGGACACGACCUGAUCAUCUACAGUUUUGAUCGCCCUACCGGCCAGUAUGGAUACACGCCCUUUUCGAUUCAACUGCGUCUUCGCCUGCGCCAUGCCGGUAUUCAGCACGUAGACCGCGCUGCCAACAUCUUCCAGGCACCCAAGUACCGGGUGCCCUAUGUCAAGCUUGCCGACUCGGACGAGCUUGUGGGCGAGUCCCAGUUUAUCAUCAAGCGUCUUGUGCAGACCGGCAAGCUCCAGGAUCUUAACAAGGAGCUCUCUCCCUCCGACCAGGCCAAGGAUGCCUGCAUCCGAGCUAUGCUGGAGGAUCGCGCUUACUUCCUCAUUUUGUACGAGAGAUGGCGCGGCCAGUACGAGAUGAUGUGGCACGACGGCCCCUUCUCCCACUUUGUUUGGGGCGCCAAGCAGAUCUCUACCCAGGCGGCUCGCGGCUACGUCAACUCGCAGCUGUGGUUCCAGGGUGUCGGCCGCUAUUCUGACGAAGAGGUUAAGGCCUUUGCCACCGACGUUAUCAUGUCCCUGAACGGCUUUUGCGAGACCUCGCUGUCGAAGCUGAGCCUCGAUUCGCGGGAGUCCCGAGAGCCCUUCUGGAUCCUGGGCGGACAGCGUCCAUCCGAGGCUGACUUCAUCGUCUACGGCAACCUCGCCACCGUCCUCGGCACCACUGUUAACCCCGUUCACGCUGCUCUCAUCCGUGAGAAGCCCGCCUUGGUAGAGUACAUGGGCCGCAUCCACGAGCGUUUCUUCUCCGAGUACAAAGACUGUCUGCGCCCAUCUUUUGUUGUUGGUGAUUUUGUUCCCCCUUUCGGGCCCGCCAGGUAUACGGGAUGGGCUCCGCGUUGGAUUCUUUGUAUGAAUUUGGACACUGAAGAGGGAGCGGGACGGAAGCUUGGAAGAAUGGAAAGGAAGGGCGUCUAUAAUAAUCUGUUCCCUCUACGCUGCAUUGGUAUAUCAUUCUGUGUUAUUGAUGUUGACGAUGUAGAGUAUGAAAAUGAGAAUGAUACCAUGUCCCUGAAGAGCACGGACGUGGGAGGUUUUGCGAGCCAUCAACACCAGAAGGGGAUAGGCAGCCACCAAGGCACAACUUUCAUCCCAGCCAUCCUCAUUCACACACACCGCCCACCGCCACUGCCCCAGCGGAUUAUCAGUCAAGGAGAGUUCAUUGGCAUCGCUGCCCAGACUCUUGGCAAGGGCAAUCUGGACGGCUUCGGGGCCAAAUUUAAGCUUAUGUUUGUGUACCACAGUACCUAA